AAAUCUAUCCAUUUACAGAAUAUUCCCGAAUGGCUUCGCAUUCAAAUGAAAGACAUAAAGAGUUCGUCUGAAUUCAUAGACCAAUUUCUAACGUCAAUCGACAAUAACAGCGAUAAUAAUGAUAUGAAUACCAAUAGUAAUGGAAAUGAUAGCGUAUUUUUGCAGUACAUAGAGAGAGGAGAUUCAGACUCGGAAAACCGUUCCGUUGCGGACAUGGAUGUGAACGAGGAAAUGCCCCGAAUUGGAAGCCCAGCCGCGUGUAUACCUGAGAUGAAAAUAGUUGAACUCCAGACCACCAAUUCUGGCGAUGAACUGUAUUACCCGUCGUGUGUGCGGAUACCCCGGUGUUCGGGUUGCUGUUCCAGUCAACGCCUACAAUGUGUUGCCAUCAAUACAUCCUUUGAAGACAUAUCUGUAAAGACCAUUAGUUUCUCAGUGAUUCGUGUUAAGUACUCGACGGCCGAAAGGCGGCUCAAGUUUGAAGGAUUCAAAGUGUUUCGCAUCGAAAGACACGACACGUGUUUAUGUGAAUGCAUUCAGAAAUCGACGGAUUGUUUGCCAAAACAGAUCUAUUCCGAGAGGGAGUGUCGA